AUGAAUGGAGCAGUGGAGGCAGCGAACAAGAAUAUCAAGAAGAUAAUCCUGAAGAUGACCGUUUCAUACAAGGAUUGGCACGAGAUGCUCUCGUUCACGAUACAUGGUUACCGAACCUCAGUACGCACAUCAACCGGGGCAACGCCUUUCUCAUUGGUAUACGGAAUGGAGGAUGUGCUACCGUUUGAGGCGGAAGUCCCAUCAUUAAGAAUCUUGGCGGAGUCCAGAUUAAAGGAGUCGAAGUGGGCCCAAGCACGUUUCAAUCAGCUUAAUCUCAUAAAAGGCAAGCGUUUGGCCGCCAUGAGCCACAAGCGUUUAUAUCAGAAACGAGUAAAAAAUGCUUUUGACAAGAAGGAAAUGGCUCCGAAGAAACUCUCCACGAAGAGGUCUAGAAGGGACGCCACUGGAGAAGGCUCCAGUGCCGCCUUAGAGUUUGAUUGUCACCGUUUCUGGAGUGCCGAGCACCAGCAGCGCUUCGAGGCCAUCUAG